CUUCGCCGGUGGAUGUUCUCAUUUUUCGACAUUAUUUGUAUUGUGAACUAAAGUUGCAUCGAGUCCAUUGUUGUUUUUCAUAUCGCUGAGUAUACUUGAUAACAUAUGGACAAAAAAGAAAACUUUAUCAUGCUUGCAUUAUUAGAUGACUGAUUGUAAAAUCUACAGUUGCACUUGAAAAGCAUAUCAUAACUUCAUGGAAAUUUUAUCAGUGCUUCCAGGAAAUAGUGUAACUAUCGCAUGCCCUUGAAGCAGUGUAUCUAGACACUACAUAUAGAAUUAGUUUAAAAUAGUUAUGGACAUUUCAAAUCAGUCUGCAACAAUGCAGGAAAACGAGAGGACGGUUAAACCUUUUAAAAAUUUGGAAGAGCUGUAUAAAAGAAUUAGUUCUCUUGCUAGUUGGCAAGGAGUUGUGAAUUUAAGAAAAUCUACAGACUAUGUAUAUUCAGCAGAUGAAACUCAAAUUGAAAAUAAAAAAAAAAUAUCAAAAACAUCUGUACCUAAGACCAUCGUUUGCCAUGAUUUGAUGGGAGGCUAUUUGGAAGACAGAUUCAUUGAUGGAUCAAACAACCAUAACUCGUAUCAUUUUUAUCAUUGGCAUAUCAUUGAUACUUUCAUUUACUUCAGUCAUCACUUUGUUACAAUUCCCCCUUUUGGUUGGAUCAACGCUGCUCAUGAACAUGGAGUAAAAAUAUUGGGAACCUUAAUCACAGAGAAUACUGAAGGAAAAGAAAAUUGGGAUGAAAUUUUAAAAACUAGAGAUAACAUAGUUAAAUUUGCUGAUGCUCUUGUAUUCUUGGCUCAAUUUUAUAAAUUUGAUGGUUGGCUCUUGAAUGUUGAAAAUGAAAUCCAUCAAGAUGAUGUUGGAAAACUUACAUUUUUUGUUAGAUAUUUAACAGAUACCAUUCACAAAAGAGUUGAAAAUUCUGAAAUUAUUUGGUAUGACAGUGUGACUGAAUCAGGAAAAUUGUCUUGGCAAAAUGAGCUUAAUGAAAAAAACAAUUGUUUCUUUGAAUGCUGUGAUGGAAUCUUUCUUAAUUAUACAUGGAGCGAUUCUGGUCUAAUAAAGAGUGCUAUCAAAGCUGAAAAACAAAAUCGACUUCAUGAUGUUUAUGUUGGUUUAGAUGUGUGGGGUAGAGGCUGCCCUGGCGGCGGUGGUUUUAAUUCAGCCCAUGCUUUGAAAAGAAUACGAAGACAAGGAUUAUCAGUAGCAAUAUUUGCUCCUGCAUGGACAUUUGAAUAUUUUGGACCACAAACAUUUCCUAGAAUUGAAAACAUUUUUUGGGCACAGCUUAAAGAAUUUUUAUAUGUUCAUGUACCAGUAUUUCGAAAUGAACGUUUUAUUACUACACUUUGUCGUGGUGCAGGAGACAAGUAUUUUGAAUAUGGAAUGCAAAUACGUUUUGAAGAUCCUAAAACACAUACUGUUGUGGAAAGAAACAAUUCUUUUUAUAAUUUAGCAAUGCAAAAACAUCAAACUAUAAGUGCAUGUUCCCAUUUGAAAUUCAUUUCAUCUCACAUGCCACUUCCAUUAAAAAUGAAUGAAAAAUCUGAUCCAAUACCUCAAGAAUGGAGAUUUGAAACAGCUCAUGAAGUUAUAAAAACUCUUGGUAAUAAAUUAACUAUAGAAGAUAAACCAGAAUCAUAUGCAGGCUUGAACUGUCAACAAUUCUCCUACGAUGUAUCUUACGAAGGUGGUGGUUGCUUAAAAUUAAUGACAAAAAAUACUAAGUCUUUUUACAGAUUAUUCUAUGUUCAUAUUGAAUUAUCAAGAGAUAUCCAAGUACGUGUUUACUACCGCAAUAGCGAUAUGACUAAUCACACCCAUGAUUCAGAAAAACGGUUGGUUUUACUGCUGGGAAAUGAGUCAGGAGUUACAUCUUUUUUGCCUCGUCAAACUUUAGAACAUGGAUUAGGGUGGCAUUUGAGUAUUUUCCAGACAAAUAUGAAAAUAGUUGAAGAAAUAGGUUUAGCUGUAACUCACACUGGUGACUGUUACAUAGGUAAAAUUGUUGUAGAAGAAAUGAGAAGACCCAUGCAUUGAAAAAUUUGUCAUUAAAUAAAAAUGUGUAUUUUAUAUAUGUUAUUUUUGAAUAUCUUGUAUGCAUACUACUACU